AUGGCGUUUACAAAACCGCCACCAGCCGUGCAAGACACGCUCAUCACCUUUCCCAAACCCCACGUUCUCCUCGUCACCAUCAACCGCCCCAAGGCAUUCAACGCCCUUCCCAGGCCCAUGCACCCGCAGCUCGCCACCCUAUGGGACUGGUACGACGCGGAGUCCUCCCUCCGCUGCGCCAUCAUCACCGGCACGGGCAAGGCGUUUUGCGCCGGCGCCGACCUCAAGGAGUGGAAUGACAAGGCGUCGGAGGGCGCGACCAGUGCCAGCGCGGACGAGCGCGACACGAGCUGGGCGACGAGCGGCUUCGGUGGCCUGAGCAACCGCCGCGGCAAGAAGCCCGUCAUCGCCGCCGUCAACGGCGCGUGCCUCGGCGGCGGCAUGGAGAUGGCGCUCGCCGUGGACAUGAUCCUCGCGGCCCCGACGGCCAAGUUUGGCCUGCCCGAGGUCAAGAUUGGCGUCGUCGCCGUAGCUGGUGCGCUGCCGCGCCUGACGCGCAUCGUUGGCCGGCAGCGCGCGUCCGAGAUGGCCCUCCUGGGCCGCACGUACUCGGCGCAGGAGAUGCGCGCCUGGGGCGUCGUCAACCACAUCGUGGCGGACAACGUGAGUGUCUUGGACGAGGCGCUGAAGUGGGCGGUCGAGGUAACACAGAACUCGCCGGAUUCGGUCAUUGUGACCAGGGCAGGCUUGCUGGGGGGCUGGGAUGCAGUUGACCCGGUCAAGAGCACGAAUGACAUUGAUGACGGCAUUUACAAGCUGUUGGAUGGAGGCGAGAAUCAAAAGGAAGGCGUCAACAGCUUUGUGGAGAGGAGACGGCCCGUCUGGAAGGACAGCAAGCUGUAA